AUGCCACCCCGUGCACCAUCAAGCUGUGGCAAAACAAACAUGAAUUGCUUCAUUGAUCUGAGAUAUCUUGCUGCCCCACUGUUAAACCUUCUCUUCUACCUCCUCCAAGACCUCCAAAUCAAGCCUUGGGGCCAUGACAAUGAUCAACUAUAUAUUGAUCAUGAUCAUCUUAUUUUGAAGUUGUUCUUCAUUCUUUUCAUCGCCUUUGCCACGUUCCUCUUCCUUUUCACUUCCAUAAAACUCCCUCUCAAUGUAAGUGUCACUGCCGGUGCCAUUUGUUCACGAGCUGGAGACUUCUCGGUUCCAGUGACUCUCUCAUUGCUAUGCUCAAUCUUUUUGUCACAACAACAGUUUUGGGUUGCGUAUCCCAUUAUCUUGUGCACCUCUGCUUGGUAUGGUUGGCUUUCCAAUCUGCUUAACUGGUUUUUCAACCAGUUGAAAGGUUUUUUCUUCUGGUUUUAUCACACCCUCCAAGCAAUUCCUACUCUCAAUUGCAUAAUUUUCUUCACCCAAGAACAAGACCACCCUGAAGAGGAUCCUCCCAUGGUUGAUAUUGAAAUUAGCUGA